ACUACCAUCAAUAUUUACAAACUAUCGUCGUUGUUCCAGCUCUAGCGUUCAAUAUUGGCUUUUGGCGUGGAAAACUGAAAAGAAAAUUGAGAAAAAGCCUGCAAAAAGUGCUGCACCAUGAACACACUGGGUCCUAAAAAGGACGGAAGUCCGAAUAUUGACUUUUUCCAGUCCCCAGAGACGCUGCAGGGCUUCGAAUCUAUCCGACAGUGGCUCCAGAAGAACUGCAAGAAGUAUCUGGCCCACAGCUCAGAACCCAUCACGAAGGAGUCUUUGGCCCAACUGCUGAUCCACUUUCUGCAGUAUGUGGAGGCGAAGCUUGGCAAGAAUUCGGCGGAGCCGCCGGCGACCAGAAUUCCGAUGCGCUGCUUUCUGGACUUUAAAAGCGGCGGUGGCCUGUGCAUCAUCUUCUCAACCAUGUUCCGCUUCCGGGCGGAGCAGCGCGGCAAAAAGUUCGACUUUUCUAUUGGAAAGAACCCCACGCGCAAGGAUCCCAACAUCCAACUGCUUAUCGAGAUCGAACAGGCCCUGGUGGAGGCGGACCUCUACCGGAUUCCGUACAUUUACAUCCGGCCUGAGAUCGAGAAGAGCUUCGAGGGGCGGUUGCGCGAGAUCCUUGACAACCGGCGGGUGGAGAUCGUUUCCGACGAAGAGGAAUCCACCCACAUUGUUUACCCCAUUGUCGAUCCCCAUCCCGAUGAGUACGCACGGCCAAUAUUUAAGCGCGGUGGCCAUGUAAUGCUGCACUGGUACUACUUCCCGGAGUCAUACGAUUCCUGGGCUGUGAACAGCUUUGACCUGCCGGAUCACAUUCCGGAGAAUCCCGAGUCGCCGGCAGAGCGCUGGCGCGUUUCCGCCUCAUGGAUCUUGGACCUGGAGCAGUACAACGAGUGGAUGGCUGAGGAGGAUUACGAAGUGGACGAGCAGGGCAAGAAGAAGACUCACAAGCAGCGAAUGUCCAUUGACGACAUCAUGUCCUUUGGCGACGAAAAAAAGAAGCCUGCUACCAGCUCCGGCGGAGGCAAGCAGAAGCGACGCCGCUCGCCAUCACCGGCAACGUCUGCAUCCACCUCAUCCUCGAAGCCGGGCAAACGUAAGCGAUCCCCCGCCGUUGUGCACAAAAAGUCUCGCAAUGACGACGACGAUGAAGACCUUACACGCGAUUUGGACGACCCACCAGCCGAACCCAAUGUACAGGAGGUGCACAAAGCUAACGCAGCGCUGCAGUCAACGGCCAGCCCUGCUCCGGGUGGCAAAUCUCGUGGCGACAACGAUAUGAUGCCUAUUAAGGGUGGCACCAUGACCGACCUGGACGACGAAAUGACUGGAGGAAGCGCUGCCCAAGCCAUGUCCACCGGAGAUGGGGACAACUCGCAGACGGGCAAGACGAGCGAUAACAGCAACACCCAGGAGUUCUCAUCGGCCAAGGAAGACAUGGAGGACAAUGUCACCGAGCAGACUCACCACAUCAUUGUCCCCUCUUACUCGGCCUGGUUCGACUACAACUCCAUUCACGUCAUCGAGAAGCGAGCCAUGCCGGAGUUCUUCAACAGCAAAAACAAGUCGAAGACGCCGGAGAUCUACAUGGCGUACAGGAACUUUAUGAUCGACACCUACAGGCUCAAUCCGACGGAAUACUUGACCAGCACCGCCUGUCGCCGCAAUUUGGCCGGAGAUGUGUGUGCUAUUAUGCGGGUCCAUGCAUUCCUCGAGCAAUGGGGACUGAUCAACUACCAGAUCGAUGCGGAUCUACGUCCGACCCCAAUGGGCCCCCCUCCGACCUCCCACUUCCACAUUCUUUCGGAUACACCGUCGGGUCUGCAGGCUAUUAACCCACAGAAGACCCAACAGCCGUCGGCGGCCAAGACUCUGCUUGAUCUUGACAAAAAGCCACUGGGCAAGGAUGGAGGCUUGGAGCUCGGCGACAAGGGCGGCCUGACUGGUAUUAAGACAGAGGCCCUCGAAAACGGAGGCGCCGGAGCAGGAGGAUUAAGUUCCGGGGUCAGCCAGUUUGGCCUGAAGCUGGAUCAGUAUGCCAAGAAGCCGGCCGCUAUGAGGAAUCGCACGGCGGCCAGCAUGGCACGGGAGUGGACCGACCAGGAGACACUGCUGCUGCUUGAGGGACUUGAGAUGCACAAAGACGACUGGAAUAAGGUGUGCGAGCACGUCGGCUCGCGAACGCAGGAUGAGUGCAUCCUCCACUUUCUGCGGCUGCCCAUCGAGGACCCGUAUUUAGAGGAUGAUGGCGGCUUCUUGGGCCCAUUGGGCUGUCAGCCGAUUCCGUUUAGCAAGAGCGGUAACCCCAUCAUGUCCACUGUGGCCUUCCUGGCCUCUGUGGUCGAUCCCAGAGUGGCUGCAGCUGCCGCCAAGGCUGCCAUGGAGGAGUUUGCUGCCAUUAAGGACGAGGUGCCCGCCACUAUUAUGGACAACCACAUGAAGAAUGUGGAGAAAGCCUCGGCGGCUGGAAAAUUCAAUCCCAACUUUGGCCUGGCCAACAGUGGAAUCGCCGGAACAGGCAACGAUAAGGAGGACGAGGAAAGCAAGGAGGGAGCUGCUGCAGCAGCUUCCGGCGGAUCAGAUGAGGACAUGAAGGAUCUAAGCAAAAAAGACGACGAUGCGAAGUCUAAAGACAAAACGAAAUCGGAUAAGACCAACACGAACACAGACUCGAGUUCCACAUCAUCAUCGUCAGCGUCGGGCACCACCAACAAUACCGACAAGAAACCGAAAGAGUCGUCCGCCUCCUCGCCUUCGGGCGACAAGUCGGCUAGCAAGUCAGACAAAUCAACAAACAAAUCCUCACCCACAGACCCAGCCGCUUCUGCCAGUGGAGCCGCCGAUGUGGACAUCAAGACGGAGGACAGCAGUGGAGAUGGCGAGACCAAGGAUGGCGGCAAUGACGGCAAGGAAGGAUCGGGAGCUAACGCCGGUACAGGUACUGCGGCUAAGGAGGGAGCCUUCAGCGAAAACAAUAUGCAAACGGCGGCAGCGGCAGCUCUGGCAUCCGCAGCAGUCAAGGCCAAGCACUUGGCCGCUUUGGAAGAGCGCAAGAUCAAGUCUCUGGUGGCACUGCUUGUCGAGACCCAAAUGAAGAAGCUGGAGAUUAAAUUGCGACACUUUGAAGAGCUGGAGGCCACCAUGGAGAGGGAGCGCGAGGGCCUGGAGUACCAGCGCCAGCAGCUUAUCACGGAGCGCCAGCAGUUCCACUUAGAGCAGCUAAAGGCGGCCGAGUUCCGAGCACGCCAGCAGGCGCAUCAUCGUCUCCAACAAGAGCUGCAGGGACAAGCGGCUGCCGCCGGCUCGAUGAUCCUCCAACAGCAGCAACAGCUGCCACAGCCACAACAACAGCAGGCGCAACAGCAGCAAAUGCAACAACAGCAGCCGCUGCCGAUGCAUCCGCACCUUCCGCAGCAGCAGCAGCCACUGCCGCCACAUCCGCACCAGCUGCCGCCGCAGACACAGCCGCUAGCUGGGCCCACCGCUCAACACCAGCCGCUGCCGCCGCAUAUAGCCGGCUCCGUAGUUCCGCCACCCAACGGCGCGCCCUUCCCAGCGCCACCAGCUGUAGCCGCAGGUGGACCCCCACCACCUGGAGCACCCUCGGCCUUGGCCGCGACACCCAGCGAGCAGACAGGAGUAACAGCAGCAGCAACAGCAGCGCAAUCUCAGGGACCCACACCAAUGGAUACUACACCGCCAAGCAGCGUCCCAGUUGCAGAGGCCAGCGGCGCACCACCGGGAUCAGUGCCCCCUGCCGCCGGCGCCAGCAUUCCUCCCGCAAACACCGCUCCAGUCGCCGGUACCGCUCCUCCUUCUUAACUCCUACUUUUAAGCCAGCAGCAAGCGUUAAAGUAAUUAGUUUUAAGUCGUACGCUCUCAGUAUGUAAUAUGUAUACUCCACUCUAAGCCCAACCAAUCUCCAUUCGAACCCCAGCUUGACGAACAUACAUCCGUGUCCACUGUAUUACGUGUAAGAUUCGUUUCGUGUCUGGUCGCAAUUGCACAACUAUUUAAGUACCAAGUUUCCAAGUCCCGAAAUCAAAGGCAUUAAAUUAAAAUCUAUUUAAAUAUACA